AUGCGCUCGUUGUGGGCGCUGGUGGUGGUCCUAGUUCUGGCGUGGGGCGCCCUCGCCCAGGAUCAGGUGACGGAGCGGGCCCCCGAGCCGCCGAGCGUUGCAGAGGUGACGGGCGGCAAUGCGCCGGGCGUGCUGCUCACUGUGCCGGUCGGCCUGCCGAACGGCAGCGACGCGUCGCUCGAGCUGCGGGAAGGCGACACCCUGGACUCGGUCACCGACGGGUUCAUCGCCAAGCACGGCCUCAACGAGACGGUCAGGGAGGCGCUGUUCCAGGAAGUGAAAAAGCGGGCCCAGAAACACCGCCUCGUGCCGAUGCUCGCGGUUCCGCUGCUCCGCAACGAGAACGAGGAACCGUUCGUGACGGUCGAGAUCUACUCCGACGACAAUCUUCUGGAGAGGACGCGCAAGGUCUGCCAGGACGCCGGCCUGAACGAGACCGAGACGCGCGAGGCCGAGGACAUCGUCGUGCGCAAGGCUGCGGCCAACCGGCUCAUCCCCAUCCUGCGCAUCGACGUCGAGAUCGACGCCGACAAGACCGCCGUGUUCGAGGUCUACGCGAAGGACAACAUCGCCGAGCUCGCGGCGCGCUUCGCGCACGAGCACGGCCUGUCGGAGGAGACGACCCGGCAGCUCGAGGACGCGGCCGUGGUCAUGGCCAAGCGCAGGAAGCUGGCGCCGGUGCUCGUCAUCCCCGCGGGGAUCCAGCCCGCGGACUCGGAGGACCCGCACCGCAUCGACAUCGAGCUGUACGACGGCGACGACUUCGAGUACGUGGUGCAGAAGCACGCCGAGGCGCUGCAGUUGACCGAGGAGGCGACCGAGCGGCUGAAGGACGCCGUGGAGGAGGCGGCGCGGGAGGAGGGUCUGUUGCCGGUGCUGUCGAUCCCGGUGGAGGCGAACGGCAUGCCUCUGGCGCUGCACGUCAUGCGCGGCGACACGCCCCUGGAGUCGGUGGACCGUUUUCUGACGGAGAUCGGCGUGGACCGCUCGACGCUGUCGAUCGAGGACAAGCAGCCGCUCGCGGACCAGGUGCGGGAGGCGGCGGUGCGCGAGCGGCUGUGGCCCGCGCUGUCGCUGGAGGUGGACGUGGAGACGCCCGACGCGGGGGAGCCGACGCGCAAGAUCCUGAGGAUGUUCCACGGGGACGACGUCGAGGCCGUCGUGGGGGAGUUUGCGGCGCAGCACGCGCUCACGGAGGAGGGCCGCAGGCAGCUGCUGGCCGAGGUCCGGGAACGGGGCAAGGCGCGCGGCAUCGAGCCCGUGAUGAAGCUCCCCGUGCAGCUCCCGGACGGCAACCGCGUGGACUUCAAGCUGUUCCACGGCGAGAACGUCACGGACGCGGUGCUGCGGUUCUCGGAGGGCCACGGCGUGGGCAAGUACUCGGCGCAGCUGGGCGAGCGGGUCAUGGCGCAGGCGCGCAACAAGCGGCUCCUCCCGGACCUCAACAUGCAGAUCCGCAUCGGGAACCGCGAGAAGCCGCUGCGGAUCUUCCACGGCGACGACGUCAACGCGGUGAUCGACGACUUCCUCGUCCAGCACAGCCUCGCCGGCGAGCAGGCGGAGGCUGUCCGCGACGGCGUCCUGCGGCACGCCAGGGCGCAGGGAAUCAUCCCGAGCCUCACCAUCGAGUUCAUGGCGCGGCGGCACGGCGCCCCGGACCCCGCGCGCGUGCAGUUCGAGCUGUUCGAGGGCGAGGCGGUCCGCGAGGCCGCGGAGCGCAUGAUCCAGGAGAACGGCCUGGACGUUCACAUCGACGAAGUCCUCAAGCUCGUGCACCAGGAGAAGCGCAAGAAGGAGGCGGGCCCGGACGGGGCGCGCAACGCAGACAGCCAGGCGGCCCCGCGAGACGCGGACGCCGCGGUCCGCGAGGAGCUCUGA